AUGCGUAAGCCGAUUGAAUUGCAGCAUGUUACUGACCUGGAUCAUUACCUCACCGAGAUGGAUAUGCUGAAGUUUCCCCUAAAUCGACCUUCCCUCAGGUUGGCUUACGCUCAUCGCAACGACCACGUCGUAUUCGUGCUCACCAUGAAUCAUGUCAUCAUGGAUCACUGGACGAGGUCAUUGCUCUUCGAUGAGAUAGCGCUUGCCCUGAAAGACCUGAGCGCAUUGAGGAAAAUGACGCCUUUGCCUUUGCAAUUUGCCGACUUCGCGAGAUGGAUAGAAGAUCUCCGGUGUCGUAAGCCCGAUCACAGCGCCCUCACACCUGAGCCGGAUCAUGACAAGACUCCCAGCGUACAUGAUGAAGAAGCUCCAAUCUUCGACCCUGCGGCAACAAGGCAUCAGCAGAAACAUAUCCAAUUGUGCGAAGGCGUGGCACUGAAACACCCCUUUUCCGUGUACGCACACCUGGCCUGGUCCAUGGCGCUCGCAAUGCGAUCAUCAGACGAGCAACAACACGUGACCAUCUCCACCGUCCAAAGUGGCCGUCUUGCUCCUCUGACGGGCAUUCAUACCAUGAUGGGACCCGCUCUCACCAUUACAAGACUCGAUAUAUGCUUACAGCCCACCUCGCACCUCGACCAGGCGCUAGAUUCCAUUGCAACCACCUUACUUGCGCCGCCAGAUACGUCGUUCACGGGAGCUAACAUGCAAGGGCAAUACGCAACAGCCUGGGUCCUGAACUGCGCUCCGGGCAACCCCAUGCCCGGGGAUAUCCUUGUCGAUGGCCAGCAGAUACUGCGCUUCGAUGAGAAGAGGUCUAUUCGAAACCGGGCCGGUUUCGCGCUCUACGGACGUCCUGUUGUUGCCCGAGAAGGUGGCAAAGUUGCGCUGCAGCUGACGUAUAACAGCAAUUUGGUCCGCGAAGAAGCUGUGACAAGGUUCGUUGACGAUUUUGCAACUUACCUAAGGGCAGUGACUAGCUUGGACGGGCACACGGAUUUACGAACGGUGCGGUGA